UAAAAUGUAAAUACAAGAUCGUGAGCCAGACGAAAAGAGAAAAAAGCCGGCUAUAGAAGCAGGUGAGGAACGGCGUGAGGAAGAGAUUGAGGAAGCAGAGCGGGACGAGGUAGACAACCUCGUAGACGGCUGCUGGAGAAUCUUCGCGAAGUAUCGAUACUCUUUCCUCUCAUUGGUUCUUUUUUUUCUCCAUACUGCUACCAUUCCUUUUCAAGUUUGCAACGAGAAGUCCUUCAUCGUUCAGGAAUAGUACACCGGGAUAUUUCCAGGAGCUUUUUGGGCCGUGGAGAUUGCAGGUCGAGGAUUAUCUGAUGCACCUUUACUGAUAUGAUGAUUAGUCCCAUUUUGUUGUCCAAGCGUGCAUCUCGUUUAUCAAUGGUGGUGCCUCGAUUGCCAUUCACCUCCAUGAGGUCGAUAGUUGAAGAGCAUAUAGGCCAAAUACAAAAUCUAACCAGAGUUGGUAGGAUUCAGUGUUUCACUUCAAGUGGUUACACUCCAUCGGAAGAUAUGAGCAACAAAGUUGGAGGUGUCACUGAGGGCAAUGGCUGCAAGUUGCAAAUUUUAGUUAUGCAUUUGUUUCCUUGGGAUAGAUACGCUUCUGGAGUUCUGAUGCGAAGUCCAUGUUAACUAUCUUCAUGAUUAUUCUUUAGUCACAUGGUGUUAAGUGGCUUGCCAAAAUUUGUCAAGAUUGUAGAAGUUGGUCCGAGGGAUGGGUUGCAAAAUGAGAAGAAUAUUGUACCCACAUUUGUCAAAGUUGAGUUGAUACGUAGGUUGAUUGCUUCUGGGUUGCCAGUUGUUGAGGCCACAAGUUUUGUCUCCCCUAAAUGGGUGCCACAGCUAGCAGAUGCAAAAGAUGUCAUGGAGGCUAUUCGAGAUAUAGAGGGUGUGAGGCUUCCUGUUUUAACUCCGAAUCUUAAGGGAUUUGAGGCGGCAGUUGUAAACGGGGCGAAGGAAAUUGCUGUAUUUGCAUCAGCCUCAGAGUCUUUUUCAAAGUCAAACAUAAAUUGUAGCAUUGAUGAGAGCCUUGCCCGUUAUCGCGAGGUCACCAGUGCUGCUGAGAAAAGUUCAAUACUUGUUCGUGGGUACGUUUCAUGCGUUGUGGGUUGUCCUGUUGAAGGGGUAGUUCCCCCCCUUAAGGUUGCUUAUGUAGCAAGAAAACUUCUUGAGAUGGGCUGCUAUGAAAUCUCCCUUGGCGACACAAUUGGGGUUGGUACUCCAGGAACUGUUAUUCCAAUGCUUGAGGCUGUAACUACUGUUGUCCCAGUUGAGAAACUUGCCGUCCAUUUCCACGAUACAUACGGUCAAUCUCUCUCAAAUAUUCUAGUGUCCCUACAAAUGGGCAUUAGUACAGUGGACUCAUCUAUUGCUGGACUUGGGGGGUGCCCAUAUGCGAAGGGCGCCUCCGGCAAUGUCGCCACCGAGGAUGUUGUUUACAUGCUCAAUGGACUUGGAAUAAAAACCAACGUCGAUCUGGGGAAACUCUUAGGCGCCGGGGACUUCAUCUGCAAGCACUUAGGCCGCCAGUCUGGAUCCAAAGCUGCAAUUGCGCUUAGCAGAGCCACAUCUAUUGCUUCCAAAUUGUAACUUGGAAUGUUCUGCACUUCAUCAUCAACGCAUCUAAGGCUUCAUCAACCAAAGCCAUCCAGUAGUAAGAGGAGAAACACAACACGAGAUAUUUGUGCAAUAUGAAUUUAUGUCAUAAUGAUGAAUUGCCACUAUUUUAGUAAAAAUCUUGAUAUAAAGAGUGAUAUCCUUCUAUGCAAUGUUCCCAAUUUAAACAA